CACCAAAUAUGUAUAACAUGCAACUAUGGGAGACCUCUGGGCAUGCUGCAAACUACAAAGAGAAUAUGUUUGUUUUUGAGAUAGAGAAACAGGAAUUUGGCCUGAAGCCAAUGAACUGCCCUGGGCAUUGUUUGAUGUUCGAGCAUAGGGUUAGGUCAUAUAGAGAAUUGCCACUGCGCCUUGCUGAUUUUGGAGUUCUGCAUAGGAAUGAACUAAGUGGUGCACUUACUGGUUUGACACGUGUGAGGAGGUUUCAGCAGGAUGAUGCACAUAUAUUUUGCAGGGAGAGCCAGGUCAAAGAGGAGGUCAAGAAUGUUCUAGAGUUUAUCAAGCACACAUAUGAUAUUUUUGGAUUCACAUUUGAGCUGGAAUUGUCAACGCGACCUGAGAAAUACUUGGGGGAGAUAGAAACUUGGGAUAAGGCUGAGGCUUCGCUCAAGGAGGCUUUAGAAGAAUUUGGCAGACCAUGGCUGAUCAACGAAGGCGAUGGUGCAUUUUAUGGGCCAAAAAUAGAUAUUGGUGUUUUUGAUGCAUUGAAGAGAAAAUUUCAAUGUGCUACACUUCAGUUGGACUUUCAACUUCCUAUUCGCUUCAAAUUAUCCUACUCAGCAGAAGAUGAAGCUAAAUCUGAACGCCCUGUGAUGAUUCAUAGAGCCAUCUUAGGAUCUGUUGAGCGUAUGCUUGCUAUUCUUUUGGAACACUACAAAGGAAAAUGGCCCUUCUGGCUUAGUCCACGCCAAGCAAUUGUUUGCCCUGUAUCUGAGAAAUCACAGUCAUAUGCCCUACAGGUUCACGAGCAGAUACAUAAAGCUGGAUAUUUUGUUGAUACUGACAUGACAGAUAGAAAGAUCCAGAAGAAGGUGAGAGAAGCUCAGCUAGCUCAAUACAAUUUCAUAUUGGUUGUUGGGGAAGAGGAAGCAAACACUGGACAGGUGUGUGUGCGUGUGAGAGACAAGUCCGAUCUUACAAAGAUGAGCAUGGAGGAACUUCUUUCACAUUUCAAGGCUGAAGUAGCAGCCUAUCAUUGAAGGGCAUUCUGUUUCAGUUUUAGGAUGCACUGAAAUUGCAUUGCAUCCUUGCUCCUGUUUUGACUGCUUGUUUUCCUUUAUGCAAUUCUGGAUGAACCAAUCAACCCAUACCUUGCAUUGUUUAACAUACCACUAUACCAUUCAUAUAUGAUAUUGUUGCUAUAGUAUAGUUCUUAUUCUAACUUGUUUUGAAUUUUA